GUGAAAAGCAAGUACAACAUUCGCUUAGCAGCAGCGCAAAGUCAAGAGAACACUUUCAGACUUUGGUUCCGAGUUUUAUGGUCUCAGUCACUCUCAUCUGGUUCCACCAUGAAUAUGAUGAAUUCACCGGGUUUCAGUACUACUCUUCCCCACACGAUGCCGCCGGCGACAACGAUGCCUGUUUCUGGCCGGAGCCAUACGAUGUCGUUUUGUGAGGAUACAACAAAGAAGAUUAGAAAGCCUUACACUAUCACCAAAUCAAGAGAGAACUGGACGGAACAGGAACACGACAAGUUCAUUGAAGCUCUCCAUCUGUUUGACCGUGAUUGGAAGAAAAUCGAAGCCUUUGUUGGAUCAAAAACAGUUAUCCAGAUACGGAGCCACGCGCAGAAGUACUUUCUAAAGGUUCAGAAGAAUGGGACUAAUGAACAUCUUCCACCUCCUCGCCCAAAGAGGAAAGCUAAUCAUCCUUAUCCCCAAAAGGCUUCCAAAAGUGUAGCUCUUCUUACAUCUUCAAACGCAUUGCUUGAACAUGAGUACUUGUACACCGCUGAUCCACAACCAGUGGUGACUACUACUACUCCUAAUCAUCGAUUAGUGCGUCCAGUUCCCAUUAUCAAAGAGGAAUUGGGUGUCGCGGAGAACUGUUGCAGCACUAGUGGUAGUAGUAUUAGAGAUAAGCAGCAGAGGAAGAGAAACGUUACAGAGACAAGUGACCAACGAUGUUGUGAACAGACUCACAGAGUGAUGCCAAAUUUCGCUGAAGUUUACAGCUUUAUAGGAAGUGUAUUUGAUCCAGAAACAACGGGUCAUGGCCAGAGGUUAAAGCAAAUGGAUCCAAUCAAUCUUGAAACGGUCCUCGUAUUGAUGAGAAAUUUGUCUGUAAACCUGACAAGCCCCGGGUUUGAAGAACAACGGAGGUUAAUAUCAUCAUACAAGGGGUGAAUAGAGACAUAGGUUAGGGUACAGUGAGAAGAGAGGAAAUGAACACUGCUGCUAUCUUUCUCUCUAUGCCAUUGCCUAGGCUUUCGCGUGGUGAGCUCUCAUUAACCAAAUGAGUGAGGCGGUUUUACUUGUACAUACAAAGUCGUGAAGAGUUUUUGAGUAUUUUGAUCUACUUAGGAGUUGGAUAAAGCCACUGCGUAGAAAGAUAUACUGUAAUAAGUUAGCGUUUGCUUUAUCAUAUCCCGUCGCCACUCUUUUAAGUGUGUGUGUGUUUUUCUAAUAUAUGGAAAUAUGGAAUGGACUACGACGUUCCUGGUUUUGCCUCAUGUGUGUUUUUAUGUUUCACGUUGUUGUUAUAAGUGAAUUAACC